CGAAAACACCAAACGAUCAAAGAUGGCCCACCGAGCGUGCAAGCCAGCAAGUGGAUCGUGCUCCUCCUGCCGGAGAACCGAGAUGCGUCACGAGGAGCAACUAAGAACAAAAGGGCGCGUGCGUGUGUCGAUUUUGAUAGUUUGGUGAUGGAGAGUUUCGUUUGAUGGAAUUUGAUUUGCUCCAAAGGAUUUUUUCGCAUCUUCUCCUUGUUUUCCAAAAGUGCUAUGAUGGUGCUCGAUGCCUGUACGGUACCCUACGACACGUUACGGUACGGAUACUCCCGAAACAUACUAUCCCCCCUUCCUAUCAAUCAACGCAUGCGGCCCAAACGAAAGGGUACGAGCAGCAACACGAGGUGCUCCCACCCAAGAAGAACAAGCCAAAGGURUCAGCAAGUUUGGUUACUCUCCACAAAGUGAAAGAGCGAGAGCCACCAGAGCGAGACAACGAAAACGAACGAACGAGCGAACAAACAGACAAAAGACAAAAGAGACAAGCACAAACGCACAAACGCACAAGCACAAACGCAAACACAGAGUGCCAUGAAUCCCCGUCGCAGAUCUCGCGGUGCCGUUUUCGUUUUCGUUUUCACUGCCGCUCUGUCGGUUUGGUGUUGCGCGGUGGCGAAUGCCGCCUUCGUCUCGGAAUCGCGGACGGCCUCGCCCUCCGAUCGGAGCAAGGAGGUGCCACCCAGAGCGGGCCUUUCCGAUUCGGAAACCAAGCACCCGCUGGAGGACGACAAGUCCUGGAGGCUCCACCUGGAGCGCCGGUCCGGGCACYGGCACCAAAACGCACGCAACGGCCGGAGGGGCCUCCUGGAACAGGGAGACGGCGGAAGGGAUUUCGGCAACGACGACGACGACGACGAGGAAUUCUACCUGCCCUUCGAGAUCAAGCACAAGCCCCGAAAGUCGAAGCACAUCAAGAUCGCGGGGGGGGACACCACCCACGGAAUGAUGAUCGAUGCCGGAUCGGUAAGAAACAGAACUUACUAGACAAACAGACACAGACACACACACCGCACGCACGCAGACGUGUCUGCAAUGGUUUGGAAUGUUUGCUUUGCGUUGCUUUGAUUUGCGUUUUUUGUUUUCUUCACAGUGGCAACACGAUUUUGCUGUUGCUCUACGGCGAUACGGCUAGCRAUUGCGGCUCCCGAUUCCCUGCCUCACCCCAUUGCUUGCCACGCACAACACCACACCACACCAUACAUCUUCAGCAAGGCACCCGGCUGCACAUCUACGAGUGGCGCAAGCGCUUCCUCCUGGACGAGGACGACCUGAUCGAGCAGACCAAGGGGAGGAAGCUCUCCUACCCCACCUCGCACAACCGCUGGACGGACAAGUACACGCCCGGCCUGGAYGCCUUUGGCAGCAUCAAGCACCCCCACCACCUGGAGCAGGCCGUCGGCGACUACYUGGGGGCGCUGCUGGACUUUGCCAGGGAGGUCCUCCGGGACAAGGAGGCCGAGUGGUCCACCUACCCGAUCUACCUCAAGGCGACGGGGGGCCUCCGGACCCUYCCCCAGCCGGAGCGGSUCCGGCUCAUGGACUGCGUGAGGAAGCUCUUCCACAACACCACCUUCAAUCCCUUUGCCUUCGAGGACGAGCGGGCCCGGGUCAUCAGCGGCGAGGAGGAGGCCAUCUACGGGUGGGUCGGGGUCAACUUUGCCAAGGGSCUGCUCAUCGAGAACAGCAUGGGCACCGGGACCGGGAAGGACCCCCGCCGGACCUACGGGAUGCUGGAGAUGGGGGGAGCCUCCACGCAGGUCGCGGUCUUUGAGAACAACGGGGACCUCAUGGCCAACCUCUUCAAGCUCCAGCUGGGCGGCGCGAGGCACUGGAACGUCUACGUGCACUCCUACCUGUACUUUGGGAUCAACGGGGCCUGGUCGAGGCUCAACGCCUGGCUGCACGGGGAAAACAAGACGACCAACCCCUGCCUCCCCCUCGGCAAGGAGGUGGUCUUUGAUUCCUGGAUCCACGUGGGGCCGCGCGGGCACUUUUAYCCGCGGAGCGACGACCCGAAGAGCGYCCCCUACUCCGUCACCAUGGUCCACGAGGCACCACCCAGUGGCGGAAGCGAACCCUACGACGCCGAGGCGAACUUCCAGGAKUGCUCCAACCGCACCUUUGCGCUCCUCCGCAAGGGGACCAACUCCGAGUGGUGCGACUUCCAGAUGGACGGGAACUGCGGGUUUGCGGGGAUCUACCAGCCCCCCAUGCCCCAGACCAACAGCGAGAACGACGAGUUCAUCGCCACCAGCAACUUUUACGACGUCUUCCAGUUCCUGCAGCUGGGGGAGACCGCGAACGUCUCGCAGAUCGGGAAGGCCGCGAGGGACGUCUGCAUGAUGGACUGGCCGGCCCUGGUGGACUACAACRAGGCCAACGAGAUGUUCACGGUCAAGACGGACCACGAGCUGGCCCAGUUCUGUUUCCGGUCCCUCUUCGUGUACCACCUGAUCCGGAACGGAUGGGAGUUCGGCGACGACUACCGGAUGACGGCGGUCGACGUCAUUGACGGGCACAAGCUCGGGUGGGCCCUCGGCUGCAUGCUGUACGAGAUCAACACGCGUGAGUCCCAGUUGCGGAAACCAAACGAUCGAACAAUUAAACAAUUAAACAAACAAACAAACAAGCGAGCGAGCGAGCGUUGGGUGGGGCCGUGUCAGACCGACCGACCGACCGACCCGCACCUGUUUGGUUCGUCGAGCUUGCUGCGGGUUUGUGUUGGUAUCUUUUGUAUCCUAACCGAUUCUUGCUUUGCUUUCUAUUGCUUUGCCUUUUUUCGUUUUUGCAACAACGAAACCUUCCUCUGCAACGUUGUCCCAUUCGAUUCCCAGUUCCCUGGGAUUUCCAUCCCGAGCUCCUGUACAAGGGGACCAGCAAGAUCCUGGUCGCUCUGUACGUGGUCCUGGGAACGCUGGGCGGAUCGAUCGUCGGAUUGAUGAUCGCGAUGCGGCUGAACAAACGCAUCAACGAGGCCGUCCGCAAGUCCGUCAUCUUUCAGAACCACCCGGAAUUCGCCAACAACCCGCUGGUCCGCAAGUCGCUGGCGCUUCCGAAGAUGGACCUCGACGAGCUGGAAAGCCUCUACAACGACGKGGACGAGGACGAGGACCAGGACGAUCGGCAAGAAGAUCAAACCGCUGCCCUCAAUCGGUCCAAGACCCCCGGCUACAGCGCGACGUGAACGAUUGAUCCAAACGCCAGACUCGCUUUGUUUGAUCCGUUUGGCAUCGACACCUGUGUUGUUCGGGUGUCGUUUGCCAUUCAUAUAGCACUAUGUUCUACAACGGUACAAUGCCAAAACAUCACAACUAAUAACAUCCUAUUCGUUUG